GUAAGUGAGGCGGGCGGGGCGGCGAGAGCCGGAGCGGCGCGGUAUGGCGGGGAGCCGCCUCACGCCGGGGCUGGCGCUGCUGGCGCUGCUCGCCCUGUUGGAGCGAGGAGCCGCGUUACAGAACGUCACGGCGCAGCUGUUCGGCGCCGAGGCCUACGGCACGCCGGCCGCAUUCGGGGACUUCAACUCGGACAAGCAGACGGAUCUGUUCGUGCUGCGCGGCGGAAAUGAACUGAUUAUCUUUUUGGCAGACCAAAAGGAGCCUUACUUCAAGCCCCGUGUUAAGUUACCAAUGAAAUCUCUAGGUGUUACCAUAACCAGUGUAGUUCCGGGAGACUACGAUGGUGACUCACAAAUGGAUGUGCUCCUGACUACCCGGACACAAAAUCAUGGCAAAGAUGAACUUUCAGUGUUUAUUUUCUGGGGACACAACCAAACAUUAGAUCUUAACCAUAAAACUAUGAUAAAUAAGACUUUUCACGAUGAGCCUCUAGUGAUGGACUUUAAUGGUGAUUUGAUUCCUGAUAUCUUUGGUGUUACAAGUGAUUCAGAUAAGCCACAGAUACUGAUAGGCGGGAACUUAUCACGGUAUGCUGCGCUGGACACCCACAGUAGAAUGUAUAUACCACACUCACAUGCAUUUAUAGACUUAAAUAAUGACUUCACAGCUGAUUUGUUCCUUACUACCUCAAAUCCUGACAUUCGGUUUGAGACAUGGAUAAAUAAGGAUGGGAACUUCUCUAAAGCUGACAAAAGUCAAGCAAAGCCCAGUGGUGCAGUUGUUGUUGGACAGUCAGUAUUUGCAGAUUUUGAUGGUGAUGGACGGAGUGAACAUUUGUUACCAGUAUGUGAAGACAUAAACUGUCAAAAAAGUGCCAUCUACUUAACUAAGCUAGGAAUGGACCAGUGGAUUCCAGUCUUGCAAGACUUUAGAAAUAAAGACACACUUUGGGGCUUUGUAAAAAAUCAAACUGACAAAACUACAUCACAAGUUUCAUUUCCAAUGACCCUUCAUAUUGGAGACUACAACAUGGAUGGCUACCCAGAUGCCCUUGCUAUACUUAAGAACACGUCUGGAAGCAAUCAACAAGCAUUUUUACUAGAAAAUGUCCCAUGCAAUAACGCAAGCUGCAAGAGCGCACGUCGUAUGUUUAAAGUUUUUUGGGAGCUCUCUGAUCUAAAUCAAAUCAAAGAUGCAGUCGUAGCAACCUUCUUUGACAUCUACGAAGAUGGAAUCUUGGAUAUCAUUGUAGUAAGCAAGGGCCACUCCAAUGAAGACUUCGCUAUCCACACAUUAAAAAACAACUUUGAAGCAGAUGCAUAUUUUGUUAAAGUUAUUGUUCUCAGUGGCCUCUGUUCUAAUGACUGUCCACGGAAAAUAACACCUUUUGGUGUUAAUCAGCCUGGUCCUUACAUUAUGUACACAACUGUUGAUGCAAAUGGAUACUUGAAAAAUGGGUCAGCUGGACAGCUCAGCCAGUCAGCACAUUUUGCUCUCCAGUUGCCAUACAACGUGCUGGGCUUGGGACGUAGCGCGAACUUCCUCGAUCAUUUGUAUGUUGGCAUUCCUCGUCCCUUAGGAGAAAAGUCUGUAAGAAAACAAGAAUGGACAGCUAUCAUACCAAACUCCCAGCUUAUAGUCAUCCCAUAUCCUCAUAAUGUUCCUCGAAGCUGGAGUGCGAAGCUGUAUCUGACCCCGAGUAACAUAGUGCUGCUAACAGCUAUAGCCUUAAUUGGUGUCUGUGUUUUCAUCCUGGCAAUAAUUGGCAUAUUACACUGGCAAGAAAAGAAAGCAGAUGACAGAGAGAAGCGACAGGAGGCUCAUCGGUUCCAUUUUGAUGCUAUGUGACAUGCCUUAAUAUCUAUGGAGGAGCUGCUGUUCCUUUGCUUAAUUGAAAUACUAAAUGCUGAUUUGUAAAAUGAUAACUAUUGAAAAUACUGCUGGUGUGCUAUUUGUAAAUGUUGCAUUAUUUGGUAUUUAUUUGGAACAUAUUAAAAUUUGACUUGAAUGUCUCUAAGGGCCUUCCAGUGAGAGAAAACAAAACCUGUAUAUAAUAGCAUUUGGUCUUUAUUUAAGAAAAGUGUACAUUAAUCUUUCAUAGUAAAAGGGAUCAUUUUGCAUGUACCAUUGUUUACAUGCUACCAGUUCUUUAGUAAUAUAUUUCAUAGAAAGCCGUGUAAAUAAGGGUUAGUAUUUUAGUGAGCAGAAUACUUUGUACCACUGACAUUGGUGUUGUCAUUUACACAUUCCUGCAAAGUAAACUGCGUUUCUGAAAAUUAAUCUUGAGCAGUUUCUUGGAUGACAUAAUCAUUAAUUGAUUGCUUAACCUACAGUGUUCUGUAUUUCUCAUUGUUUGAAUUCAUAUGUGCAAUUGCUAAAGAAUGUAGGACUUGGAGAACCAAAAGAAACCUUCGGUGUUGAUGCUCGUUCAGUAGCUUGUGGGAUGGAUGCGGUAUUUAUAUGUUAGUUCUAGAAAGAUGAUGACACAUUAAAAAGAAUUGAAGUAAUAAAAUGUAUCAGCGUGACACAAACUGCUUUUGUAAUUAAACCGUAACCAUGUUUAUUUUAGAAAGGCCUGCAGACAUGAAAGUAACUUCUGUGGGUUUUGCUCUUGUAAGAAAGGUGGGACUUGGUAUUUGACCACGUGCUUGGGCUUUUUUAAAGAAAUGAAAAGAAUUUUGGACUGGAAGGAGAAUGAGGAUCGACUGCCCACAAUUCAUUAUUAAUAGAUGAAAUGUACAAAGAUUAAAUAAACAGCAUUGUAGGAAAUAAGCAAUGCCCAAAUAUCAUAAGGCUGUAAUAACUGCAGAAGCAGAGUGGCUCAGUUCUAUAUAAAUGGUGUUGUUACAGUUGUUCAAUAUAAUUUGAAUCCUGAUAUAAUCUCUAAUAAUAAUCAUGCUUGUAUGUAAUAGUUGUUCCUAUAUUCUCAGUGAUAUGAGUUUACAUGAUUUGUUGUACAUUUAGAGCUGCCAGCUUGCAUUCCUAGUAAAUACCAUUUGAUGAAUUAGAAUACACUUCAUCAUCAAACUGAAAAGUGGUGUUCUUACAGGCAGUCACCUCAAAAGACACAGUGGUCAAUGAGAAUUCCUUAUCUCCUCCACCCUGGCACCUGACCUGUAACCUUAUAUACGUUUGUCAAUACAUGAAGAGUAAAGGGAGGGCAGGCACAAAGCUUGGACUGAUCCAGUCCUCCCUGAAGCACUGUUCAAACUAUUUGUUACCACAGCAGUGAAGUGACACAUUAUAACAGCAUCUCCAAGUCAAAAAUCACAAAGGUACUGAAAGUCUACUAAGUUACGCUGUUUUUACAAGAUACUUGUAAUUUGAACUGAUCAGAUUCCAGCAAAGCUGACUUUCAAAUUGCAUUUCAGGGUAGCAUAUUUCCUUAAUACACACCUUUAAUAUUUCUCUUAGAGUAAUGUGGAAAAGUAGAUUAUUUAGAUAAAUCCUUAAGGCUACUGUACUUCUAAACCCCACUGCUAGAAUUCUCUCCCAUCAGCAAAAGUAAUAACAGGUUUCAUAAUAAAGAGGAAGCGCAACCUAAUGUGUUCUCUGUGUUUUUCGGAUGGUUGGAGAAUAAGGCUAAAUGCAUAAUGCCACUGUGGCAGCAAAGUCAUUUGUAGCCCUCUAUCGCAAUAUAAUAAACAUAGAUUAGCCUCCUUAUGUUUUUUGGAAAGAUAAUUAGGAGUGAAAUAACCUCAUGCUGACAUUUAAGCUGUUACCCAGUUAAUGAAGCAAUGAACUCGGUAUCUCAUGCUUUAAGGUGGUUUGCAUGCUCAGUAGUGCAUUCUUACAUCACUUCGUGUACAACACUUUCUUGGAGCUCUAAUAGCUUUCUUAUAAUAAACUGUGACAGGUUCUAACUAC